AUGCCUGUUACCAAAACCACUCUCGACGCUGCUAAUGGUAUCGACCAAUAUACCCUGAUUAAUGAGAAAAAGACCCUCUCUGUGAUGGUGUUGAACUAUGGCGGUACCUUGACCCAUAUCUUGGUACCCGACAAGGAUGGCCAUAUUCGUGAUGUGUGCGUUGGCUUUGACGACUUUGAGACUUACAAGAAUCCUAAAAACCCUUACUUUGGUGCUUUGAUCGGCCGAUUUGCUAACCGCAUCGGCAAAGGGCAAUUUACUCUCAACGGCACUACGCAUCAACUCCCCAUCAACAACGGCCCCAACGCGUUGCAUGGUGGUAUCCAUGGUUUCGAUAAAAAGAUCUGGAACGUCUCUAUUUUGUCACAAAACCCUGCUAGCAUUCAGUUGGAUCUCACCAGCCCUGCUGGUGAUGAGGGGUAUCCAGGCGAAAUGAAGACCACAGUAACCUAUACAGUCACCGAAAGCAACUCGCUUGAGAUUACCUAUAGUGCGACGUCAUCCGAAGACACGAUGGCCAAUUUGACCAACCACUGCUACUUCAAUUUGGCUGGCCUUUCCAAGAAUCCUAAUGUGUUGGAUACACAAAUCACCAUGACUGAUGAUGUUCAGGGCGUUUUGGAAUUGGAUGAGAAUUCUCUGCCCACUGGCAAGGAGCUUAGCUGGGCCGAUGCAGAUUACAUGUGCUUCUCGGGUGACAAAGCUGGCACAACUAUUGGUGCACGUAAAGACAAGCUUGCUGCUUCCAAGGGCUAUGAUCAUCCUUACGUGAUCCAUCAUGACUAUGUGAUCAACACAUCACAGCUUCCUCUUCGUAAGGCUGUUACUGCAUUUGCCCCCGAAACAGGUAUCGAGAUGGAAUUUGCUACUACGGAACCCGCUUUCCAGUUUUACACAGGCAACUUUAUUCCCUCGGGUGUUUUCCAUGGUAAAAAAUCACAAGACGAAGUUGCUUAUGGUGAACACGCUGGCUUUUGCUUGGAAAGCUCUCGUAACCCUGAUGCUCCCAACAAGCCCGGUUGGGUCAGCAGCGUUUUGCUCAAAAAGGGUGAUACAUACGGUAGCAAGACCAUCUUUUCAUUUGGUGUUCGCACCUAA